UUCCUCCCCUUCUCGCGCCCCGCAGCCAUGGCGCCGCCGUGGGUGCUCCGUGCGGGGAGAGCCAUCUACCGCGCGGCCACACAGGUCAUCGAUCACCGGACUCCGGAGACCAUCUACAGACGCCACCGGCAGAUCCAGCAGCGGGGUCGUCAGGUUCAGGCGCCGCCGCGGCCGAUUCGAGACUUCCUGGACCAGCACGGCCACCAGCACCAGGCGGCGGUCGCGGGGCAGAGGACGGCGGGGGAGGCCGUCCGGGUUGCUUGCGGAGAACCGGAUGACCCAUUUGGGCAGGGAUGGUUGGUGCUCAGGGGCCUCGUCGUGGUUUCCGACGUGAUGGACUUCUCCGGCCAUGAGUUCGGCUUCCUGUGCCGUGUCCCACCGCGCCCUUCUACCGUGUGCUUGCUUCGCUCCACGGCGGCGGCCCCCGGUGCCAUCUACGAGGUCCAGGCUAGCCACGGAGACGUGCUGCUGGUGCGCCGCACCCAGCCCAAGCGCCCUGCAGUGUAUAUGGUGCUGGACAUCGCGACCAGCUCAGCUAUUGUCCUUCCAGGUCGCUUCUCCGAGCACCCGCUCGCGAGCGUGGGCGUCAUGCGGCGCGAGCACGAUGUGCUGGUCCCCGCCAUCUUGCAGGAGGGGGGACAGCAGCAGGGGGAGGAGCCCCUGGAGAUGAUGUGCCUGUCAGCGUUCGCGGAGACCUCCUGCCAUCGCCUUGCGCGAGCACCCUACCCAGCGGGGGCGGCCCGCCCCUGGGGCCGCGACGGCUCGGUCGCUCACGGCGACUCCGUCUUCUUCAUCGACUAUUCUUCAGGGCUCAUCAGGUUCCAGGCCCUACGGGUGUUCGCUUCGUCUUGUUCCCCGGCGCCGGCGCGGGCCAGUACAUCCGGUCAGUUAGCGUGA